AUCACAACAAGCUGACUGACAACGAAAAUACUUGCAUAACCUAAACAUGUGUACUUCCAAGACAAAUAGAUAUUUAUUUUAAAGUAUUAAGCUUGCCGCGAAUUAACUGUUAUACUCAGUAAAUUUAAAGAAAACUAAUUUCAUUUUACUGAUAGUUCUAUUAAGAUAGGAGUUGUACUGAAUCUCACGUGGAGUGAUACAUCUUUCACAGUAUGUUCUGACUGAGUUAUAAAAACUCAAUAAAGUCUAGUUGAAAAUGGAUAUAAAGGAAGAUACUUCUGCCAAAGAUGAUUUGAAUGUAAUCAAUGAACCGGACGAAAAUAACUUCGCUCAAUACACACUAUUUGAUAUCACGAUAGAUUCAGGUUUGAAAGACGAUGAAGGUAAUGAAAUUCCGAGACCUUUCACAAAAAACCAAAUGCGCAAAUGGCUAAAAAAAGUGAAAUGGGAAAACCGAAAAGCGGAGAAAAGGGCAAAAGAGAAAGCAAGAGCUAAAGAAAGAAGGCGUGAGGCACGAGAAGCCAAUAUCGACCUAGGCCCAAACCGAAAAGCGUUAAAGAAAAUGAAGUUAGAAAGGCCGAAAAAAAGUACUGCUGUAGUUAUAGAUCUAAGUUUUGAUCACUUGAUGAUGGAAAAAGAUAGGUUUAAAGUAAUAAAACAAAUUCUUCGUUGUUAUUCAAUCAACAGGAGAUCAGAGACACCUGUUCAAUUUCAUAUUACUAGUUUUGGAGAAAAGUCCAAAAGUGAUAUGUCUAGGCAUAAUGGAUAUGAACAUUGGGAUAUAGACUUUCAUGAAGCACCAUAUCUUGAGGUUUUCCCUAAAGACAAAAUAGUCUACUUAACUAGUGAAUCAGACAAUGUUAUUGAACAGUUUGAAGAAAACACUGCCUACAUUAUUGGUGGUUUAGUAGAUCACAAUAAACAUAAGGGACUCUGCUAUAAGAUAGCAGUAGAACAAGGUAUCAGGCAUGGACAACUACCAUUAGAUAAAUACAUCAAUAUGAAAACUAGGAAAGUACUGACUAUAGACCAUGUAUUUGAGAUAGUCCUGAGGGUGUGUGAAGGGGUGCCAUGGCAAGAGGCAUUAUUAAAAGUUUUACCGCUCAGAAAAGGUGCAUAUGUAUGUGACAAUGUUAGUAAUUCUAGUUCAAGCCAAGACAUCUCAUGUAACAGUGAGGUAUAAAAUUAAGUUUAUAUUUAUGAAAAUACAACAAUAUGUAUAUUUGUUAUGUAUAAUUCUUGUUAUGUUUACUUCUCAAAAGAAUAAUAAACAUUUUUUUUAAGAA